AUGCCUUUCGGAAAGGUACACGAAUUCGAUCUACAUGGUCGAGGGAAUUGGGACGCGUACGUACGGCUCGUGGAACAGUAUAUUUUACUGAAUGAGAUUAAAGAAAAGUUCCGCGUGGCCACGUUAGUAACGCACGUCGGCUCAGCGACCUACGAAUUGAUGUGUGAUCUGUGUGCACCUGAUCAUCCAGAAACGAAGGACUACAAAACCCUAGUGGAACUUGUAAAAAACCAUUUGGACCCAAAAAGAUCAGAAAUAGCCGAGAGGCAUAUUUUUCGACAGCGGCGGCAAGCGGAAGGCGAAUCGGUCGGAGUUUUCCUUCAAAAUUUGAAACAUCUCGCAACAUAUUGCAACUUUGAUUCAAAGCUGGAGGAAAAUAUACGCGACCAAUUCGUGUCCGGCCUCAGAAGUGAAGAUAUGAGGUCGCGCUUUUUCGCGGAACCCACAUUGGACUACAAAAAGGCGGUGGAGUUGGCGCUCGCAUUGGAAGCGGCCGAGCGGCACGCUGAGACAGCGGCUCGCGGCGGCGGCGACGGCGGGGCGCCGGCGGCAGGACUCGGUCCAGCGCUGGCACAUUACGAGCCAUCGCUGCCGCUGGUUCUCUGCGUGGACAGCAGUGCCUAUGGACUUGGCGCUGUGCUGGCUCAGCGGUACCCCGACGGAACCGAGCGCCUCGUGUGCUGCGCGUCGCGUACGCUUAGCGAGACCGAGCGGCGCUACAGCCAGAUAGACAAGGAGGCGCUAGCCAUCGUGUACGGAGUGAACAAGCACCACCAAUACCUAUUUGGCCGUAAGUUUACCCUUCGAAGCGAUCACAAAGCGCUCACAUACAUUUUUGGUCCGAAGCAUGGCAUACCUCAGACGGCCGCGAGCCGCUUACAGAGGUACGCAGUGCGACUGGCAGCAUACGACUUCACUAUAGAAUUCGUAUCGACGGACAAAAACGGUAAUGCGGACGGUCUUUCCCGUCUACCGCUCCCUGCAGGGUCGAGGAACAAUAAUGAAGACGACGCGGCAUAUCUACACUUUGUGGAAGAAACUUUCCCCCUUAGCCAUAGGGACGUGGCGAGGGAAACAAAAAAAGACAUUACACUAUGCAAAGUGUACGGGUACAUCAUGAGCGGGUGGCCUUCAGAUACGGAAAUCGAGAAUGAAAAGCCUUAUUUCCACCGCAAGGACACGCUGCACAUCGAUCAUGAUUGCAUAGUAUGGGGGUAUCGUGUAGUAAUCCCCCGUAGUCUGCGGGCACAGGUGGUGGAGGAGGUGCACGCCGGUCAUGUAGGUAUGGUGCGCAUGAAGCAGAUUGCACGAAGUUACGUGUGGUGGCCGGGACUGGACGCCGACCUGGAGCGGCGCGCGCGCUCCUGCGACGCCUGCCGCGCUGAGUUGGACGCGCCGCCGCGCGCCGCCCCGGCGACAUAUGCCUGGCCCGCCGAACCCUGGGUAAGACUUCAUGCCGACUUCUUACAUCAUAAUGGCCGAACUUAUUUCCUCCUUAUUGAUGCUCAUUCAAAGUGGAUCGAAGUAUUCUCAAUGACGAGCGGCACGACAGCCGCGCACGUGACUAUCAAGUUGCGGGAGGUCUUCGCGAGGUACGGCUUACCCAUUCAACUAGUCACUGACGGCGGCCCACCGUUUACGUCCCACGACUUCGAGUUGUUCUUACAAAAAAAUGGCGUCUUCCACGUUGUUACAGCUCCAUACCAUCCGUCAAGUAAUGGAGCCGCAGAAAACGCAGUCAAAACUGUUAAAAAGGUACUCAAAAAGGCCACCACCGAAGGUGAGAACGUGGAGACCGCCCUUUUAAAAUUUUUACUGCAGUAUCGCAACAGCCAGCACAGCAGCACGGCGCGCGAGCCCGCCGUGGCGAUGCUGGGGCGGCGGCUACGCACGCGUCUGGACUUGCUACGCGCCGGCAGCGCCGCGCCCGCCGCCCGCGUGCAGGCGGCGCAGAGUGCACAGCUGCGCCACGCCGGCGGGACCACGCGCGAGCUACGCCAAGGGGACCAGGUACUGGUUAGAAAUUAUUCUAAAAAUGGCCCAAAGUGGAGAGAAGGCUUAGUAACAGAGCGUACUGGCGCUGUCACAUACAAUGUGAAGGUUGGGGAACAAGACGGGAGCAAACACAUAGACCAACUUAUCAAAAGAAAAGUAGUACGUUACUCAUUAUCCAGUGACAACUUAUCUUCUGAACCCGAUAUUCCCCUGCCUUCACCGAGCCAGCAAGAUGAAAUUCUCUCCAGACCAGAACCCCCAGAAUUUCAAGAUGCAGAAGCAUCAUUGGAAGAGGACGAGUCGAACAGGGCCCUACUGCCCCCGCCGGGCACGCCGGCCCGCGAGCCGGUCGCGAGCACGGAGCAGGCGAGGACGCGGCGCCCGCGCGCUAAAAUCAAUUAUAAAAUUUAG